AAAAAAAAAAGCCAAAAAGAAGAAUGAAGGUCUCUGCUCUAAUCCUUACAACUCCAAAGCCCCUCCCCCAUAUUCAAAGCCUUCAUCCUACAACCUCCUUUUCCUCCUGCAAUUCCAAACCCACUUGUUAUUGUUCAUCUUCUUCACCGUCCACAGCUGAAAACAAUGCAAAGGUGUCUUGGGCUUCAAAAUUUGUGACCAAGCAGAGUGUUUUGGAUGUGGGUUUUGGGCUUUUAGCAGCUUCACUUGUGGCAUUGUCACCUUUGGAAGCUAAUGCCACAAGAAUUGAAUACUACGCCACUGUGGGGGAGCCUUUGUGUGAACUGAACUUUGUUCGUUCUGGGCUUGGCUUCUGUGAUGUUUCAGUGGGUUCUGGUGUGGACGCUCCUCGUGGUGAGCUCAUCAAUGUUCACUACACCGCAAGAUUUGCUGAUGGGACAGUCUUUGACAGCAGCUACAAACGUGGCAGACCUCUGACUAUGCGUAUUGGUGUUGGCAAGGUAUGA